AUGCUUGCCGGAAUUAAACAUCCCUAUGUCUGGCUCUGCUGUAGCUUUGCGGCACUGGGAGCUUGUCUGUAUGGGUACGAGGGUGUUUACUUUACCGGAGUUUCUACUCUCGAUGUCUUUGUACGCGACUUUGGAACGCCAGUGUCUGGUUCUAAUGGCGAAGAAUACGAGAUUACACCCUCCAACUUGGCCGUCAUGACAAGUAUGAUCAACGUGGGCGAGUUGAUAGGGUCUCUCUUAGCAGCUCCUAUCAACGAUCAGUUCGGCCGAAAAGGCGCUAUAAUCAGCGGCACUAUUGCUGUUAUCGUUGGUGUUGUCAUGCAGCUCUGCACCACUUCAAGCCGUGCUCUCAUUACAGCUGGGAGAGCCAUUGCGGGCUUUGGCGUGGGUAACUUUUCUGUUACAUCGCCUCUGUACAUGGGAGAGAUCGCACCUGAAGGGUUGAGAAGUCCUCUUCUUAUGUGCUGGCAGCUUGUCCUGUCUAUAUCGCAGAUCAUCGCAGCUGCUAUUAACCGAGGAGUCGUCCACAACAACACGACUUUUGCCUACCGAUUUCCAAUUGGAUUCCAAUUGAUAUUUCCACUGAUACUGUUACUCGGAAUCACAUGGUUACCAGAAUCACCGCGAUGGUUGUUGCGCCGUGGACACCAUGCUAAAGCCAUGCGGUCUUUGAGUUUACUUCACCAUGAAGACAAGCAUUACGACUGCCAAGCCGUGAUUCAAAACAUCGAAAAGGAUCUAGCGCAAGAAAGCUCCGAAGAGGUAGAGAGCGCAUGGAUGCAACUAAUUACCGACCCCGUGGAGCGUCGCAAAGUGAUCUACAGCGCCGGCGCUCUGAUCGCCCAGCAAAUCAACGGCAUCCAAUGGUUCUACUAUUUCGGCACCGUCUUCUCCAAGGCAAUUGGUCUCCGAGACCCCUUUCUAAUGACUCUCAUUGUCUUUGUCAUUCAAGUUUUUGUUGUUUUUGCGGCUGUCUUACUGGCUAACAAGCUGCCUCGGCGGCCGCUUUUGAUAGUGACUACGGGUAUCAUGACUGUGUCUAUUUUUGUAGUGGGAUGUUUGGGUAUCCCUGGUGGGCAACCGAGUGAGACUUUUGGAAAGGUGAUUAUAAGUUUUGUUAUUAUUGAGAUUGUGGCCUUUAACUUUGCUUGGGGACCUCUUGGCUGGACCAUUGCUUCUGAAAUGGCAGUUGGGAGAAACCGCAACAAGAUCUAUGCAGUUGCUGUCGCUUCAUUUUGGGUCACUGUCUGGGCCACAGUCUUUACUCUGCCCUAUCUAUACUACUCGGCGGAUCUUGGUCCAAAGACAGGUUUUGUAUACACGGGACUAUGCUUCGUCACAUUGUCUUAUGUGUACUUUUGCGUUGGUGAAGUCACAGGCCGCAGCAUCGAGGAGAUUAAUGGCUUCUUUCGAGACGGUAUUCCUGCCCGACACUGGAAGAAGCAACCUUUUGCUGAAGCACAGAGUCACUCUGGUGUAAGUGUUGUUCAGGUACAGGGACAUGAAAAAGUUGAGAACCGCUAA